AUGCCUUCAAGAAAAACGCAACUGAUCGCAUCCCUCGGUGUCCUCUUCCUUUCCAUUGCUGCAUAUUAUCUUGCCAACCUCAAAACGGCGGUCAUCACAACACCGACACCACCAGCACAACCAUCCCUCGACCAAGUCGCAAUGUCGCGCCGCGCAACAACAGGCGCCAUCGUCGCCCUCUCCCACGGCGGCGGGCCCCUCCCGCUCCUAAACGACCCCAGCUCCGCCGCCAUGACGGCCUCCCUGCGCACGCGGGUCCCCUCCAUCCUGAACCUGACCUCGCCGGACCCCGCGCGCAGGCCGAGGGCCAUAAUCCUGGUGACGGCCCACUGGGUGGCGAAAUCCCCGCUCUCCUUCCCGGAGAUCACCUCGUCGGCGCGCCCGGCGCUCAUCUACGACUACUACGGCUUCCCUCCCGAGAGCUACGAGUUCAAGUACGCGGCGGCGGGAGCGCCAGAUCUCGCCGCGAGGCUGGCCGCCGUGGCCGCCGAGCACGGCCUGUCGCCGCGCCUGCAGCCGGACCGGGGCUGGGACCACGGCGUGUUCGUGCCGCUGCUGCUGGCGCGGCCCGAGGCCGACGUGCCGGUGCUGCAGGUGUCGGUGCUGGGGAGCGACGACGCGCGCGCCCACUUCCGCCUGGGCCGCGCCCUGGGCGACCUGCAGCGCCGCGAGGCCGAAGCCGGCAACGGGCCCGUCGCCAUCGUCGGCUCCGGGUUCGCCUCCUUCCACAACCUGCGCAUCAUGCUCUCGGGCGACGGCAUCAUCGCGUCCGACGCAUUUAGGACCGGCCACAAGGCCUGGAACGCCGCCGUCACCGAUGCCGCCACCACCAAGGACGUCCAGGCCAGGGAGGACAAGUUCGCCGCCUGGAGGACCUGGCCCGAUGCCUACGUCAGCCACCCGCCUCAUGGGUCCGAGCACUUCAUGCCCCUGGCCGUUUGUGCCGGUGCCGCUGGCCAAGAGGAGGCUAAAUUCUACGUCGACGACUAUGUAGGCUUGGACAUCCAUUCCUACUAUUGGGACUGA